UCCCAAGAUGCCUCCAAUUCUCAUCCACAGGGAUGCUCCCAUAGCACCCACCACAGGCCAAACCGUCGAAGGUGUUACCCCAAAAACAUCUGAUUCCAAUUCGCAAGAUGCAAACCCACCACCAACACGAACAACACCCGCCCACAUUCCCGCGACGACCACUGCAUCAUCCUCAAAUCCGCCGCCUCCUCAACCCGGUGCGAGACCGUUGGCUCCAACAGCCUCCACGAACAACGAUAGCACGGGAAACCCACCACCACCGCAACCAGGCGCUGCACCAGGAUCAGGAGGAGGGUACACCGCACAUCACAUUACGACCGAAACGCGACAGCAAACGACGACGCUCCCCUCGCAAACCUACAUCCCACCUCCGCAAGCUUCGAACUUGCCCACGCACUCCACUACGACCUCUACACAACCGAGCUUCUCCAGCGGCCCGGUAAGCUUGAACGCCCCAGGCGCUCCUGUGCCGUCACCAUAUCAGCACGAACACAAGGGUGGAGCAGUACCACAGCCGCAGAGUGAGGGGCAGGCGAGCUUGGAGCACCCGCCUGGGUACGUGCAGGCGCCAGACAACUCACCAUAUGCGCCAAUGAACGGGGGUAUUAGCGGUGGUCCUGCGGAUGGAGGUGGAGAUGGUGCUGGGACGGAGGGGGUCGGAGGAGCGGCGUGGAAUAUGUUAGCCAAAGCUGGAGAAGCGCUGAAGAAGGGAGAAGAAGCGGCGUGGAAGGCGGUAAGGAACAACCAGUGA